AUGCCAUCUCCUACUCCCGAACAGAUGGCGUUCGCCAAGCAGCUUCAGCAGGAGUUCAGAGGCCGAGGCAGCAGUCGAGGUGGAAGCAGUCUUCGGGGAAGGGGCAACGGGCCAAUUACUGCCGGUCCUCGUUCUGAGCGUCAGGCAUACCCUCCCGUCAGAUCCAAUGCCAUGGUCCGGCCAAUGCCUGCAGCAAAUCAUGCGGGCUUCCAGAGACCGAUGCCCCCGGCUGCAGAUGUACAGAGAGCUCCAAUCAAGAUCAAUAAGGAUCUUUCUGACUGGGUCGAUGGCGGGAAGCCUUCCAAGCCGGUCAACCCCGAGCCUUCUGCUUCUGCUCCUGCCGUCAGUCAGCCUGCGGUCGACUCCCAGCCCCCCCAUCUUGCUCGCAAGGCAGCAGUCGUUGCUCAGGCCCCGGCUACUACACACACUGUCAACAGCACGAAGGAAACCGUUGCCCCGAAGACGUCUCAUUCUAUCGUCGCCGGGGCCCCCGAGCCCUCUGCCGCUUAUCAUCAACCUGAGGCUCCUGUCAAGCAGAAACCAGAUGGUCAAGACAAAUCUGAGGCGUAUUCUACCCACAAUGGCCUUCAUCAGAGCAUCUGGGCUGGCCAAGGACAGGCCCCUGAGGCCGAGACCGUGAAGGCUGCGACCAACAAAACCGACACCAACGAGGUCCAUCUCUUCCAAGUUACAACUGAGAAUCACGCAACCAAGGACGCGGUUUCGAUCGACCGCGCCAUUACUGCUACUCCAACUGACAAGAUCCAGAAGAAUGAUUCCCUGGCUGGACAGGCCUCUCGCUUGCUUGCGGACACGGCACCCACCAGCAGCAACAACGCAUCCGGCAGUGCUACUUCCACUAUCUCUGCAUCGGCUCACAACGAACCUGGAUUCAGCCUCGCUGAUUGGGCCCUCCAGAUCCUGAGAGCGGGUAAGGUGUUGCCCCCUAAGGAGCAAACCGCUGCUCAAUUGAGCAAAAUAAAGCAGCCUGAGAAAGAGACUGCUCCUCACUCGAGCAAGGGUAUUCAGCCUGAGAAGGCGGCUGCUGCUCACUGGAGCAACGGUGAGCGGGCCGAUUCCGAAUCUCCCACCACCAUGGACAUGCAUACCAAGAUCUGCAACUGCCCCAAGCGAAUUCGCCCUCUCGCUGGCCUGAGCGCCUCCCAGUUCAACAACGACGCCGACGGUGACCGUCAGAUUGCCGGCUUGUCCGAGACUGCGAGACGCAAGUUUGCGGUCAACGUCAUUAAGUUCGAUCAUCCCUUAGAGGACUGCCCUAUCCUGCUGAAAGCCCAGGCAGAGUUCCCUCUCAGCUUCGGAGCGAUUCCCGCCACUCUCGAUGAGCAGGAGGAUAAUCUUGAUGUCAUCCCCUACCAAGCCAACGAGGCUGAGGCGCCUGGCAAGGCGCAGAAGGUAUCAGGUCUUGGUCGUGGAUUGAAUGCGUCAAUCUGGGCAUAA